GAUCUCCUGUACUUGCAAUGUUUAAAGUAGGACCUGUUAUGUAGCCUUACCGAUAACGUGAUAAUUUAUCUAAAAAAUAGAAAACGUGAAACGAUAUGUUUCCUCUUUCUUCCUUCUUCCAAUCUUACCUAUCCUUCGUCAACUUAUCUCUAUUGAUUUAGUAUUACAGUAUUUGUUAACAUAAUUAUAUUACAAUAUAUGCAGGCUGUUAUUCACUUCGACCAUACAUACAUAUAUGUAUAGGUUAUUCCUCUGCCUUUUGGCUAGUUAUACUGUAAUCGCGAUAGAUUGUCAAUUUCGCUUAGGAUACAAUGACGCGACGCGCUUGUGGUUUUGUUGUAUUUCGUCGAAUGGAGGGUAUUAUUGAAUAUCUUUUAAUGCAAGUAUCAUAUGGUCAACAUCAUUGGACACCACCCAAAGGUCAUGUAGAUCCUGGUGAAUCAGACAUGGAAACCGCUCUACGUGAAACAGAAGAAGAAGCGGGUUUGGUAGCCAACGAUUUGAAAAUUUUCGAAAACGUGAAAGAAGAAAUAAAUUAUAACGUGAAUGGACAACCAAAAAUUGUUAUUUAUUGGCUAGCAGAACUAAUAAAUCGUAACAAGUCUGUCCGAAUGUCGGACGAACAUCAAGCAUUUAAGUGGCUUCCAUUAGAAGAAGCUUGUUCUACAGCUAAAUACGAAGAGUUACAGAACGUGUUAAAAAAUUUCAACGAUUAUAUACUUAAAAAUCUUUCUUAGCAUUUUAGUUUUUUGUAACACAUAUUAUUUAUAUGUCAGCAUGUGAUGUAUAAUUAUUUACUACAAAGCUCAGAAAGAAAAGGAGCAUGUGCGAUUAUACCAAAUAUAUUAUUUUUAAAUAUA